AGAAAAUGGAUUAGUAGCUGAGCUAAUGAGGGUGUUAGGAAAGCCGUAACUUUUGGAUGAAUCCACACACCCAUGGGAGCAUUGUUUGCCAGUCUGUCUUUAUAAAGGAACAGGGGAGACAAGCUCUCACUUGAGUUGGUUUGGUGGCCACAAAGCUCCACCAAAAGCCAAUCAGUGCCCUCCUCUCCUCUCUCCUCCGCCUCCUCUCUCCCUUCAGCCAUGAGAUCCUUCAGAUCUCAGACAGCAGCAGAAGGAAUAGAAUAAGGAAUCUAGGGGGAGAAAAGGAGAUGGAAAAAGAUUGAUAGGCCUGGAUUCUUGAUUCAUUCACCGCACUUCUUCUCUACCUUUCUCUUUUAUACUCUCUGCAAAUGAAGAAAGGUCGCACCUUUGUCACUGCUUCUGCUAUUUCUCUUCGUUUCCCUUGUCGUCUUGGGCCUGGUGACUCGAGGUUUUCUAGGGUUUAGGUUUUACGACAGGGAUCAUUGUGCUUGGACUCCUCGCUUGGUAGGUGCUUGUGCUUCUUCCAAGCUUCCAUCUUUCUCCUUGAUCUGCUUCUCCGAACAAAGGGAAGGCUCUCGGAGGCGCCAGAUGAAGACAACAAGAUCGUGGAUGGAUGUCCUUCCUUGCAGCACGAACCGGUUCGUUCGCCAGGAAAACGGCGGGAGGUGGACUCAGGAGGAGAACAAGCGCUUCGAGGACGCCCUGGCAAAAUUCGACGGAGACACCCCGGACCGAUGGGAAAAGGUGGCGGCUUUGAUCCCUGGGAAGACGGUGCCAGAUGUGCUUAGCCAUUACCGGGAAUUGGUGGACGACGUCAGCGAGAUAGAAGCCGGCCGGGUCCCCUGCCCUGUGUACUACGGGACUUCAUCUUUUACACUGGACUGGGAGAACAGUUAUGAUUCCGAAGGAUGGAAGAACACUUACUGCGCCGGCGGCGGCGGCGGCAAGCGAUCUGGUGCCAGAGCAUCUCAUCACGAGAGGAAGAAAGGAAUCCCUUGGACCGAAGAGGAGCACAGGCUGUUCUUGCUUGGACUGGACAAGUGUGGUAAAGGAGACUGGAGAAACAUCUCUAGAAAUUUCGUGAUGACCAGGACUCCUACUCAGGUGGCCAGUCAUGCCCAGAAGUACUUCAUCAGGCUCAACUCUGGCAGCAAAGACAAGAGAAGGACCAGCAUACAUGACAUUACUACUGUCGAUUUGCCUGAUAAUAAACCUCCCUCACCAUCUUCCCAACCAUCCACUGUUACCACACAAUCAAGUUUAGCUAUGACACCUUCAUUGUCAGGCCAAUUAUCCGCCAUUCUCGAUUCAGAUCAACUCGGUGAAGUAGCUAGUGUCUUCAAUCCAUCAUCACACGGCAAUAAACUCAUGCAGCGUCACUUUGGAAUAUCUCAACACAGGAUGAAACUACAACCUCAAAUGUUACCCUCGCUCAUGGAUGAGGUAUCGCUGAAUGUGACAUCCCAUAGAUAGAUGCUUGCUGAUGGAUCUUUUGGGAGGAUUGGCUGAUUCUGACCGCCUGGAAGUUUGAGAUUGAAAGAAAGAUUCGGAAUGCUUAAAUCGCCAGCAUGUGGUUUCAUAGUUGAAGCUCAAAAGCUUUUGCGUCUCUGUAUGGUAAACCAUUUCUACAGUAUUGGAUAUCAGGAGUGUGACCUCAGCAACACAAUCUCCUGAUGACUCGUAUCCUAAUUAUCAUCAAGAGGGAGUGUUGCUUGUUGGAAUUGGAUUAAUCACCAUGCUUUGCCUUGUGGAUUAUUAGGGAAGCAAGGAUAUCGUGGGCUGUUCUUUCUCACCAGGCUUGAUCAAAGUCAUGCUACUCUUGUUGGGUUAUCAGGUGAAGAGCUAAACCAUGUAGUUGGGUUUGUUGUCUAUUGAAUCUGUCAUGUUAAGCACAUCCAAUUGUUAGCAGAUGAGAGGAAGGGGCAUGCUUCCAUGUUAAAGCUGGUGUUGUAGAGCAACUCGGCAAUGGUCAUGACUCAUCGACCGUCGUUUCCUAUGUUCCUAACUCUGCAACUCUGCAAUGUUAAAGCAUAUCCAAUUGUUUCCACAGAA